AGGGCUAGUUUAAUGGUCACAAACUCCUUUAAUUUUUGUUUGUCUGGGAAACUUUUUAUCUCUCUUUCUAUUCUGAAUGACAGCCUUGCUGGAUAAAGAAUUCUUGGCUGCAUAUUUUUCUGAUUCAGCACACUGAAUAUAUCCCGCCACUCCUUUCUGGCCUGCCAAGUUUCUGUGAAUAGGUCUGCUGCAAACCUGAUCUGUCUUCCCUUGUAUGUUAGGGACUUUUUUUCCCUUGCUGCUUUCAUGAUUCUCUCCUUCCCUGAGUAUUUUGUGAAUUUGACUAUGAUAUAUAUGCCUUAUUGAUGGCCAGUUUUUGUUGAAUCUAAUGGGAGUCCUCUGUGCUUCCUGGAUUUUGAUGUCUGUGUCUUUCCCCAGGUUAGGAAAGUUUUCCACUAUUAUUUGCUCACAUAACACUUCUACCCCUGUUUCUCUCUCUUCCUUUUCUGGGACCCCUAUGGUUCUGAUGCUGUUCCUUUUUAAUGAGUCACUGAUUUCUCUAAUUCUUAAAUCAUGCUCUUUUGCCUUAAUCUCCCUCUUUUUUUCUGCUUCGUUAUUCUCUAUAAGUUUGACCUCUAUAUUGCUGAUUCUCUGUUCUGCCUUGUCCAUCCUUGCCGCCGCUGCAUCUAUCCAUGAUUGCGGCUCAGUUAAAGCAUUUUUAAUUUCAUUCUGGCUAUUUUUUACUUCAUUUAUCUCUGCAGAAAGGGAUUCUAAUCUAUUUUCGACUCGAGCUAGUAUUCUUAUUAUCAUGAUUCUAAAUUCUGGUUCAGACAUCUUGCUUGUAUCUGUGUUGGUUGAAUCCCUGGCUGGUGUUUCUUCGUGCUCUUUCUUUUGGGGUGAAUUCCUUUGUUUUGUCAUUUUGAAGGGAGAAAAGGAAUUAAUGAGGUAGAAAAAUUGAAAUUAAAAAAAUUAAAAUUAAAAAAAUAUUGAAGUUAAACAUUAAAAGCACACACAUACACACAAAUCAAAUAGAUGAUGCUAGAUCCUAGGUGUGUUUUGGUCUGGGUGUUGAAAGUGGUUUGACAGAUUAGAGAAAAAAAAGGGGGGGAGGUGGAAAUCGUUUGAGAAUUUGAAAAAAUGAAUACACUGAAGUAGACUAAAAUGAGAUGAUGGGGGUAAAAUAGAAUUUGAAAUAAUAUGCACAAAAAUCAAGAAUAUAGGAGAAAAAAUUAAAAUCUUUUUAAUAAAAGUUAAAAAUAAAUAUGAAUUUUUUCAUUUUCUGUAUUUAAGAAAAAAGAAAAGAAAUGAAAAAGAGAAAAAAUAAAAAUCGUUUGAAAAUUUGAAAAAGUGAAUACACUGUAGUAGACUAAAAUAAAAUGGUGGAAGUAAAAUAGAAUUUGAAAAAAUUUACAUAAAAGCCAAAAAUAUAGUAAUGAAAAUUAAAUAAGAAAAUUUUUAAUAGAAAUUGAAAGUAAAAAUGAAGUUUUUCUGCAUUCAAGAAAAAGAAAAGAAAUGGAAAAGAGAAAAAGAAAGAAAAAAAGAUUGUAUAAAAAUUUCAAAGAUUGUAUGAAUACACUGAAGUAGACUAAAAUGACGGAAGUAAAAUAGAAUUUGAAAAAAUUUACACAAAAGUAAAAAAUAUAGUAAUAAAAAUGAAAGAAAGAUAUUUUUAAUAAGAAUUGAAAAUAAAAAUGAGUUUUUUCUCUUUCUGUAUUCAAGAAAAAGAAUUGUAAAAGAGAAAAAGAAAAAGAAAAUUGAAUAGAUGAACCUGCUAACAGAUUGAAAUAGGACUGAAAUUGUUUCAUUUUCCCCUAGAAGUCAGUCUAUGUAGCUCUUUAUAGUCCAUAAAUUAAGCCGGUGGUGAGACUUGUGUUCUUGAAGAGCAAGGUUGGCCCAGUUGGGUGGGGCUCAGUGUAACAGCUCUGCUCUCCACUAGAUGGCGCUGCUAGCCUACUGGGGUGGAUUGUUGCGGCACUUGCAGGUGCAUAUGCGCAUGCGCGGGAGUGGAGAAAAUGGUGCCUACCAGCUACCCAGUCUGUUCUCCCGGAUCAGCAAUUGCACACCCAUCCUCUGUCUUCAGCUCUUGUCCACUCCCCGCUUUUUCACUCUCCAUGAUCAGGCCCCAGGCAGUACCUCUCUCCCAAGUUUUGUCUCAGAUGCAGCUGUUUUCCCUGGCCCCUUACUUCUGAAGGACUGUGGCUUUGACCCAUUCUGCCCCUCUGCGGGAUGGUCUCACCAAGCAAUAGCCGAAUGAGCAACAGCCGAAUGAGCAAUGGCCGAACGUCAUCUGCACCCAGGAACGCCUGCUGUACCCUGCUGCUGCCGAUGUCCUGAGGCUGCAGCCAGGUGCAAGCCCGUCCCAGAACAUGGUCGCAAGACAGUGUAGCAGCAGCAUUUCAGGGAUUAUGGAAAAUCACAACACACAUCUGGCACCAGGCUUCACUCUCAAUGGCCUUGCCCCAGCACCAGCAAAUGUGGCUGCCUUCUGGGGUCUACUGGGACCAGGUGGCUUCAACAGUCUCUACCAAAUGUCCUUUCAUCAGUGGAACCACUUUUCCCUGUGUGGCCCGAGAACCUCCUGGACCCCACUCUGUUCCUGGGGUCCUUCCCACCAGAGCACCGCCAGGGAUAUUACGUGUAUCGUGACAUGCUAGGAGAAAAAGGAGAUUUCAUUACUUCACCGGAAAUAAGUCAGAUCUUUGGGGAGCUGCUAGGUAUAUGGUUCAUUAGUGAAUGGAUGGCCACUGGAAAAAAUGCAGCUUUCCAACUGGUGGAACUGGGCCCAGGCAGGGGUACCCUCUCGGGAGAUAUUUUGAGGGUGUUCAGUCAGCUGGGAUCUGUGCUGAAAAACUGUGACAUUUCAAUACAUCUGGUAGAGGUGAGCGAAAAACUGAGUGAGAUUCAAGCAUUAACACUGACUGAAGAGAAGGUCCCUCUAGAGCGAAAUCCUGGAUCCCCCGCAUAUAUGAAAGGUGUUACUAAAUCUGGGAUUCCAAUUUCCUGGUACCGAGAUCUGCAAGAUGUUCCAAAAGGGUACAGCUUUUAUCUUGCGCAUGAAUUUUUCGAUGUUCUUCCUGUGCAUAAGUUUCAGAAAACUCCGCAAGGAUGGCGAGAAGUAUUCAUCGAUAUUGAUCCCCAAGCUUCUGAUAAACUGCGGUUUGUUUUGGCGCCUUGUGUCACCCCAGCGGAAGUCUUCAUACAAAGUGAUGAAACGAGGGAUCACGUGGAAGUGUGUCCUGAAGCUGGUGUAAUUAUUCAGGAACUUUCUCAACGCAUUGCGCUGACUGGAGGGGCUGCGCUGAUUGCCGAUUAUGGUCAUGAUGGGACUAAGACAGACACCUUCAGAGGAUUUUGUGGCCAUAAGCUUCAUGAUGUCCUUAUCGCCCCGGGAACUGCAGACCUAACAGCUGAUGUGGACUUCAGUUAUUUGCGCAGAAUGGCAGAGGGAAAAGUAGCUUCUCUGGGUCCAAUAAAACAACAGACGUUUUUAAAAAACAUGGGCAUUGAUGUCCGGCUGAAGGUUCUUGCAGACAAAUCAGAUGAGCCAUCCAGGCAGCAGUUACUUCAGGGGUAUGAUAUGUUGAUGAAUCCUAAGAAGAUGGGAGAAAGAUUUCACUUUUUUGCCUUGCUACCUCAUCAGAGACUUCAUGGUGGGAGCCAUCCGAUGAAUGCAUGUCAGUCAAAACCUUCUCCGUCACCUGUGGCUGGGUUUGGUGAACUUGCCUGGAGGUGAUAUCUCAGUGUGGACGUUUUACCCCUAAGUCUGCCUAAGAAAGCAAAAUAAAGGGAACCCAUUCACAUAUAUCACAGAUAACCUACAAAGAACAACAGUUGUGCGGCAAAGUACCAGUCCAUAACGUGAAAUCCUUCCUUACUGACGUUAGCUCAUUGACAACUAAGGAUCUUCUUCCAUAUCAUCUGGAUUGGGAGCCAUAAUGAAGUGCUUUGGGUACACAAGAUUGUGGGUGUAUGCAUGUAUUUCCCAGCGGGCAUCGUCACUUUCGUGCGUAAUGUAACGUUCACCAAUGCGAGUUUCAAAUUCUCUAAGGUCAAGCCAAGUCUGAUAGUCCUAGAAAAAAAUGGAAUUAUAAACUAUAAAAGAAAUAAAAUACGUUGAACUUUUUUUUCCUAACCCCAUAGCUGCAAAAUUGACAGUCUCUACUAUGAGUACUUGCUAUACAGUAAGUUCCAUUCGUAAUAUCUUAAAUUAGCAAUGUUAAGAUACUUUUUCAAAUUUAGAGUCUCUAAUGAAGGAAGUAACUAGUUUCUAAAACUAAAAACUGCCUGAGGCUUCUGAGAUGGCUAAUAAUAAUCACUAAAACAUUCUGUUCUAAAUUCUGACCUUAUGCCCCACCUUACUCCUCAAAAUAAGGGAAAGUACUUAGAAUCUACUAUCAGGAUAAUUUAAUAAUCACUGCAACUGUGCAUUUGUUGUGAAGUUAAUUCUACCUGCCAACCUCCACCCCAGUCCCCUUUAGAGUAGUUCUAAAGCUUCUCUUUACUCUGAAGCUCGGGGGUUCCUUUUAAGAAAUCUAUGCAAUAGCUUUUGGGGGAAUUAAGCCAAACAUUUUUAUUUUAUUUUUUUAAAUGUUUAUUUAUUUUUGACAGAGAGACAGAGCAUGAGUGGGGGAGGGGCAGAGAGAGAGGGAGACACAGAAUCCGAAGCAGGCUCCAGGCUCUGAGCUGUCAGCACAGAACCCGACGUGGGGCUUGAACUCACAGACCGCAAGAUCAUGACCUGAGCCGAAGUCGGAUGCUCAACCGACUGAGCCACCCAGGCACCCCUGAGCCAAACAUUUUAAAUGGCAUUUCAUCUAUCAUUAAUGCAAAUAUGAAUCUUUUAAGUGGGCAUCUUAAAAGCAAAAUCUAUUUGACAAAAUAACAUGCUUAUUUUACAGAAAGGGGAAAUGAAGCAUAAAAGGCCCUAUAUAAAGGCUAAAUCAUUGCUUUCAGUUUAUGGGAGUUGAACUGCCUAUCAGUUCUGCAUGUGAAUGGUAUACAGCAAACCUUCCAGAGAUUCAGCCAUAGUACAAAGUAAUCACUGAAGAACACUUACAAUAUUCUAAAACGUGUAGAAUCUGUUGAUCUUAGAGUAGUUUGAUUAGGUGAGACACAUUACAAUGAAUGGCUCCAAUGGGGAUCACCAGAGAGAGAUUUGUUUUUUUACCUGCAGCCAGGGAUGGCUGAGAGAUUUGUCCACACUGUAGCGCUUUCUCAUCUUCACUUGAAGGAGGUUGUUUAUCAAGUCAAUUGCUAAGAGGAGAGAAAAUCCAACCGGUGAACUGGGUGUAUGGGGCACCCACACAUACCGUGACUCUGCCUGGAAGGCAUUCAAGCCACAGAAAUACAGGGUGGGCGACUUUUCUCAAGAACAUGGCCUUCCCGCUGACACGUAAGUGGCCCGUAAACGUUCACUGAACUUAGAGCACCUAUUUUAUGAAGUGUGCCUGUUUUGUUACAGAGGCGGUGUCGAGUACAGGUUAACAGUGUAGACUUACUGCGUGUGCCAGAGGGUCACUUUCCUCUUCUGUAACAUGAGAUUAUUGAGAAGAUGAAAUAACACACAUAAAGGGCUUAGGACGGUGCUUACUUAGCACGUAAGUGUUAGUAUUAUUUCCAAAUGAAUUAAAAAACUGAUUACAGACUGACGUGUUGUUGCUGUCCUCCAGUGACACCGUUCUCUAGUCCCCGGCUUGGUCUGCAAGGGAGCCAAAGCCACUGCCUUGCCUCUACAGAUGUGGCCGGACUUGCACGAUCACUUCUCGUCAAAAGUGCAUACUUAACAGGUUUUAUACAAAUAUGUUCAUGGUGUUUUGGUGUGAGUGGGGAGAUCUUGGCAUACUUAUUUUGCCCACUUAUUUGAAGAAACGGAAUACCACAAAACCAAAACCACCACGUAGCUACAUACUGACUUCCACCUGUAUGGCGAUACGCGUGAAAUACCGACACUAAGGCCUGGACCCAGGGCUGAACCAAGGGGAAGAGUCCCAUUAUACCAGUUCUGUUUCUCUUCCACACACCACAGUAUUUAAGUAUGAACUUCCCUGGGUUCAGUACUUCAAACUUUUAUCCAUUGUUCCUUAAAUGGUUGUCCACCAUGUGCAUCAGAGUCAUUUGGGGUGUUCAUUAAAAUGCAUUCCUGGGUGUCAUUCCAACUGGUGAACUGGAAUCUCUGAGAUCUAGCCACAGGUUUUUGCUUUAGUACGCUCACCAAUUGAUUAUUCUGAAGUCUACAGACCACACUGCCCCAGGAACUCUAAGAGGAUUCUGGGAACACCCAGACCCUCCUAUAUUCUUCAAUUAGGUAUUCAUUACAAAGAAAGCCUGCUACUGCCUUUACAUGUUGUUCCUCAAACCUUCCCAGUUUAAUGGACUGUCAAAUCCCCAAGAUUAGGUCUGGUACUUUUGGAAAACAAAAAAGGCCCGUGUUCCAAAGGCUGGCUAAAUCCAGGUGGGGGCAUUCCCCAGUAGGGUUCUAUUCAGUACGGGGCUGUCAAAGAAGUGUGUGCCUUUCCUGUCAGUGUCCGUAAACUACAGAGACCCAACCAAGGCAUUCUUGAUGGGUACAGAACCAGGGCCCGCAAGCUCAAAAACCUUCACCAGGCAGGGAAAACAAAUGUUACCAUGCCUCCUAGGAUUGGUCCACAGGGGAGCUGAAAACUGAAGAAUGUCUAUAUCAUUCAUUGUAUGUAUAAAGAACCUGAAAUACAGGUCUCUGAAAAUAAGUAAUUAUGAAAAGAAAGAAUACUUCAGGGAGAAUAUCUCCUCCUAGUAGCCUAAGUAGAUCUUACACAGUUCAGAGGAGGGGCUCCGGGAAGACUUCACAGAUGAGCCACAGGCUAAGGGGUCCCUGAAGGACUGGAAGGAUUUCAAUAGUGAGGAGGGACUGAAGGCAGGAAAGGUCUAAGCAAAAUGCAGAAAGCAGCUGAGAAGAGUCAGCAGCUAGGUUUUAGAUCGGGAGCAGUGGAGGGGAGGGCAGAAGGUGAACUUGGGCUAUCUCUGAGAGACCUACAGAUGCAAUGUGGUUAAAGGGAGGCCGAGAUGUAAGGGCACAGUUAAGAUGGAAGGAGGGUUUCCUGAAGACCGAUCAGGCAGCAGUGGUGACUGGGAAGCACCGUCAAAGAGUCUAACGGGUAGAACCCUAGGUGUUUUAGUAGUUUCAAAGGGAGGAAAUUGGGUCCUGGGUUAGUGCUAGGUGUGGGAACUUUAAGGAAGUUAGAGACGAGACCGUCAGGAGGAAGAGUGCUCACGAACUGGUAACUGGUUGAAUUUGGAAGAGGAGUAUGAGAAAUUAAAAAGAGAAGUCAGAAGAAAUAGGCUGAUUUGGGAUCACAAAGAUUUUUAGACUAAAGGGCACAGAGCUAUAAUUUUUUUUUUUUUUUUUUUUU